CCUAUCUUACAGUAGUCGUCCUAGAGUGCAGCGUCCAGGGUCUAGGGCCAGUCGACGUCUAGAGCUGCGUCUAGCUGCUGCGCUAUCCUGCGUCGUCCCUUUCCCUUUUCUAGACUAGCUGGCGUCUGAUGGCGAUAUCUGUCCCGCUGGAAUAUAGAUUUCUAUAUGAGCCCAGAUCACCAUCUUCAGAACCCUGAAUUUAGAUUCCGUUCCCGUUUCGAAAAACAUCGCUGUCGGAAUAAUAAAGAUCCGUCGUCUCCGCGAUCCGAGGCCGUCGACCAGCUCCCGGUUUAAAUACGCAUCCACAUUAUUCACAUUAGUCACAUUCACAUUAUUCAUGGACGUUCCGCCUUCCACGCCGUGUUGCGCGGCCAGCCAUCCGGACCGCCACAGCAGCGGCCAUUCCUCGUGCCUCAGCUCCUCCGCGUGCACGGAAGCCGCCUCCCCGGACGGGGAAUGGGACCACCGCGAGGGGGCGGGAACCGGCGGAGGGCUUUCAGCUCGCGGGGGGGCUUCCGCGGGGCUUCCACAGAAGCGGCGGGAUCCGCCGUCCGCGCAGAGGGACCGUGCGGAGUGCCGGUGGUGCGGGCGGCGCGUUCUGCUGAAGCGGCGGUGCAGCUGUCGGUCAUGCGUGGAGUCCGGUCCGCCCAUGGAUCGACGAAUAAUGCGAUGCCGCGACUGCACCGUUCACUCUGCGCGCUGCAUGGUGUGUCUGUGUCUGUGCCGCGUGUACGAGGACGUGGUGCGCUGCGCCCACCGCGGCUGCGGCAACCUGCUGCACCACCGCUGCGCCAAGCCGCAGAUGGCGCUCUCCUGGACCAAUCAGGGGCUGCACUGCAUGCACCACAAGCUCCCCUCCUCCACCACCUCUUCCUCUUCCAACACCGUCAACGCCACCGGCAGUGGCACCGGCAGUGGCACCGGCAGCGGCAGCGGUGGUGGUAGUGGUGGCAGUGGUGGCAGCGGUGGCAGUGGUGGUGGUGGUGGUGGUGGUGGUGGCGGCAGCGGCGGCGGCAGGGAUGGCAGUGGCAACGGUGAUGGUAACGGUCCUGGUGAUAACGGAAUGGGCAAUGCGGUUGGAGGGAGCGAGAGAGGGUUGGGCAGGGGCAGGAAGGGUGGCGAUGACAAGGAGCAGCGGGGGAUCGUUAGCAACGUGAGUAGCAGCAGCAGCAGCAGCGGUGGCCGCGGCAAUGGCGAUGCUGGUGCUGGUGACAUUGCUGGUGGUAGUAAGGAUGGUGGUGCAGAUGGUGGGAGCGGCGGCGGUGGUCCCGAGGAUUCGAACAGCAAGGACUCGUGCCAUUUCUGCAGCCUAUUGGAAGAGAGAUCUACGUUGCCCAGCCUGCCCACCCCCUCCAUCCUCAACUGGUACUGUGAGCCCGUGCGAACUGCAGAGCAAGGCAUGUGCGCCCUCCCUCUGCCCCACGUGGCAGUGGACUUCCGCCUUCCCCCUGCCAUCCCCCUCUCUGUGACCCAAGCAGAGAGGGAGGAGAGGGAGGAGGGAGCCAUACCAGUUAGCACUCGAGAGUUAAAGCCUCGGUACAUACACAUCAAUUCAAACGUGUAUCUCCGGUCACGACCAGUGAUGGACGAUGACGAUAUGGGGUGUGACUGCAAGGGCGGCAGCAGCAUGGCGUGUGGAGACGACUGCAUGUGCCGGGCGCAAUACCUGAGUUGCACCAACAGGUGCGGCUGCCACGGUGGCUGCUGCAACCGCCCCUUCAGUCAGCCAAAGAAACUCAGCAUUGUGCAAACUGAACGCUGUGGGUGGGGCGCAGUGGCAGCAGAGCCCAUCAAAGGGGGGGAGUUUAUCGUAGAGUACGCUGGGGAGGUGAUCGAUGAUGCGGUGUGUGAGGCGAGGCUGUGGGCCAUGCGGGCGGGGGGAGCGGCGGAUUUCUACAUGUGUGAAGUGAGCCGGGAUGUGGUGAUCGAUGCUACUUUCCGAGGGGGGUACGGGCGCUUUGUCAACCACAGCUGCGCUCCCAACGCUGAGCUGCAGAAAUGGCUGGUGGAGGGGCAUGUGCGCGUGGGCAUUUUUGCCACCAAGGACAUUGCAGUGGGGACAGAAGUGGCAUACGAUUACAGAUUUGUGAGCUUUGGCCCAAACCAAGCGUGUCAGUGCGGUGCAGAGCGGUGCAGAGGAGUGAUUGGAGCCAAUCCCCCAGCCACAACUGCGGGCACUGCAGCCGCGCCCGCAAAACCCGAGAAGCAGGCUGGGACCGGACCUAGGACCAAGCCUUGCAAUAGAGAAGGGGCAGGUGGGAAUGAAGGAGAUGGAGGGGGGGCAGAUACCAGUGCAAGCAGGCUGUGCUGGGGAACAAGAGGUGCGAGAUCAAGACGCAUGCUGACACACCUGACACCACCCUGGUGGCAGCAGCAUCAGCAGCAGUGGCUGUUACACCAUCUCGUAACAUGAUUUGAUAGGUCCUUAUGAAUGAUACUGUAAUUGAUUUUUUUAUU